ACACUCUUCUGCACUUUUCUUUUUGUUCGGCGUCCUACAUUUCCCUGCCCUUGCUUCCUAUGCAAUUCAGCUGUUACUUUCAUUGAGAAUUUCGAUUCGCCUCCUUCGUCGCCAUAGCAACUGCCAUUUUUGGCGCCUCUGCUUUCGAUAUCUCCUUUUUCAUUCUCACAUUUUUCUUUUCUAUUUCUCGUUUUUGAAAAUUUCGAUGUCUUCUGAUGUCAACUAACGAUUCCCAUCACCUACUGCUAGGGUUGGACUACUAAAAAGAGAACAUUUCGGUGCGGUUUCAAGAGAUCUGUACUGUUUUGUGUUGACAAUGGCUUUGAAGCGGGGUUCCUCCGGCGCCAGCUUCCAGUUCCAGAGAAUCAGAGGCGGUGGUUCUUGCUUUCCAGUCGCAAUUCUCCUCUUUUUUUCAGUUUUCGCGCCAAUGCUUUUCCUUGUGGGACGAGGAUUCCGCACGCCGAUCCUCACUGAUGAUAACAAUGUUCAAAGUGGCUCUAGUAUGCAGAGCAUUGAUUGGAGAGAACAAUCGGCUGUGCAAAAUGUAAAAUCCAUUUUCUCGAAAGAGGUGAUUGAUACCAUCAAAGCAUACACAGAUGACAUGGGACUAUGGAGUCUUGAUUUCAUUAGAAAAAACCAUCAAUCUUCUUCAUGGAAAGUUGUUGGGUUGGAGAAUUCUAGCCAGAACAAUGCCACCUAUAUAGAGCCAAACCAACCGGUUGUAGUUGUAGAUCGAGAGACUCCACAAGUGAAGCAGGGAAGUGUUCCUAUAGAAUCUUCUAUGGGUGCAGGUGACCGCUCUCAAUUUGUUGAUACACCUGCAAAAUUAGCCCGCCGGCAAUUGAGAGAGAAGAGGCGUGAAAAGAGGGCAGCUGAAUUGGUCCGCCUGGAUGAUGAAGUUAAUGUAAAACUUGAAAAUGCUGCCAUUGAACGCUCAAAAGCAGUUGACACAGCAGUUUUGGGGAAAUACAGUAUAUGGAGGCGAGAUAUUGAGAAUGAGAAUGCAGAUACAACUGUUCGCUUGAUGAGGGAUCAAAUGAUCAUGGCUAGGGUGUAUUCCAGCAUUGCAAAGAUGAAGAACAAGCUUGAACUAGAUCGUGAACUACUAGCUCGUCUUAAAGAGAGCCAGCAUGCCUUGGGGGAGGCAACUACUGAUGCAGAUCUAAGUCGCAGUGCACCUGCUAAAAUCAAAGCUAUGGGUCAAGUCCUGGCAAAAGCAAGAGAAGAGAUUUAUGACUGCAACUUGGUAAUCAAGAAGCUGAGAGCAAUGCUUCAAUCAGCAGAUGAACAGGUACGGAGCUUGAAGAAGCAGAGUACAUUCUUGAGCCAGUUAGCUGCAAAGACAAUUCCAAAUGGGAUCCACUGCCUUUCCAUGCGCUUAACAAUAGCCUACUAUCUCCUCCCUCCUGAUAAAAGAAAGUUCCCUAAGAGUGAGAAUUUAGAAAAUCCAAAUCUCUACCACUAUGCCCUUUUCUCGGACAAUGUCUUGGCUGCAUCAGUCGUCGUCAACUCAACUGUCAUGAAUGCCAAGGAGCCAGAGAAACAUGUAUUCCAUUUAGUUACUGAUAAAUUAAACUUUGGAGCCAUGAAUAUGUGGUUUCUGUUGAACCCACCUGGAAAGGCCACGAUCCAUGUUGAAAAUGUUGAUGACUUUAAAUGGCUGAAUUCAUCCUACUGCCCAGUUCUACGUCAGCUUGAGUCUGCUGCCAUGAAAGAGUACUAUUUCAAGGCAGAUCAUCCCACAACUCUAUCAGCUGGUUCUUCUCAUCUGAAAUACAGGAAUCCAAAAUAUCUUUCAAUGCUGAACCAUUUGAGAUUCUACCUUCCACAGGUUUACCCAAAGUUGGAUAAGAUCCUGUUUCUUGAUGAUGACAUUGUGGUCCAGAAAGAUUUGACAGGUCUGUGGUCUGUGAAUCUUCGUGGAAAAGUAAAUGGUGCAGUGGAGACCUGUGGAGAGAGUUUCCACAGGUUUGAUAAGUAUCUCAACUUCUCCAACCCCCAUAUAGCAAGGAACUUUGACCCAAAUGCAUGUGGCUGGGCAUAUGGGAUGAAUAUUUUUGAUCUUAAGGAGUGGAAAAAGAGAGAUAUAACUGGGAUCUACCACAAGUGGCAGAACAUGAAUGAACAAAGGGUGCUGUGGAAGCUUGGAACAUUGCCUCCUGGACUGAUUACAUUCUAUGGACUAACACAUCCGCUGCAAAAAUCAUGGCAUGUGCUUGGGUUAGGAUAUAACCCGAGCAUUGACCGGUCAGAGAUUGAGAGCGCAGCUGUAAUCCAUUAUAAUGGAAACAUGAAGCCGUGGCUGGAGAUAGCAAUGAACAAAUACAGGUCAUAUUGGACUAAGUAUAUAAAGUAUGACCACCCGUACCUUCGAAACUGCAACCUUAGUGAAUGAACAGGUAGAAGGAGCCCGGAUGGAUACCACUAAAUAUGCAGCAAAUACCCUAUCUCCUCUUCCACCAAGAGAUCAUUCUGGUCUGAUUUACUCUGCUUAAAGAGGUCGAUAUUCCUGUGCUACAAUUCUUGGUAAUCUUCCCAACUAUUGGUUAUUCUUAUGCUUCUUUGAUUCAUUUUAAUUCAUUUCAUAUUGAGCAUUAAUGUGUUCCAUUUCUUCCCUUUGGUGCAAGGGUACAAGCUCUUUAUGCCUUGUCCAUAUAUAAGAACGCCAUUGUGUAUUUGGUGGGGCUUGAGUUUGAUUAUGAUUAUGAUUGAAAGGAUAGUCAUAUCCUAGGGAUUUGAGUUCAGUUGUUUUUAAUUCAUGGAAAAUGGUUUAACUGCCUUGUAAAAUGAAUUAGCAUCAAGUGGUUGUUCUGGACCUUGCCCCCUCCCCUCCAAUUUUGUGCCUUUUUAAGCUUAGAUGAUAAUCUGUUUUUUCUUGGUACAAGAUGCAUGACAUUGUUUCCACCUGAUAAGGAUAGAAUGGUCACAAUGAGCAACUACUGUUAUUGGUAACGUGUGUUAUGCCCUCACCCUUUCUUUCCCUCCAAAGAAGAAAGGAAUAAGAACGAAUAGGAGCAGCAAAAUUUGUUAGUUAAGUGGCUAGAGCAGAGGGGUUUCAAACGAUUCACGGAUCUUUCACACAGCACUAUGACAUGAUUGUCAACUCUGAGUUCAACAUGAAUCUCCUCGGUUUGGUGCCAUGAACUGCAGUUCAUGUGGAAAAGUUUCCUUCUCUCGGUUGUGGUGGUGCCCGGAGGUGGUAUUUGCACAUAUUUGGUUAUUCCUUUUUCCUGUAUUUGGUGUGAUUCAAUGCCUUUGACCAUCAAAUGUAGAUUGUUUUUCUCCCCGAAGGAAACUGUUUUUGAUUUUCAAUGAAGUGAUUGCAGGUGGUUAAGUUA